AUGCUUGAUCAGUGGACUGCGCCCGCCGCGCCUUCCCCUGGGCCACUGCCUGCUGUACCAGACGAACAAAAGACAGUCAUACCGACCCCGACAGAAUCCGCUGGAGAAGUCUCUUCAUUCCUGGCCAAUCCGACAAUGCCGACUUCAAUGCCCAACUCAACCACCGACGAUGCACAACAAGAUGGGACCCUGGUCAGUGGUGGAGACAGAGCUGACCCGAAGCAAGAAACAAAGGACGAAGAAUCAAAGAGCCAUCAGGAAUUGAACGUCGGAAAGAAGGAGGCUACGAAGACUGGCGGGCAAGAGGAGAAGAAGGCAGAAGAGGAAUACAAGCUGCCGAAGGGGUUGAAGCAACCACCACCCGAAGCAUUUAAGGAACCCGAUCCGAAUUCUUUGCUUGAUGCGUUUGGAUUUUGA